UUAUCAGUCCAAUAUUAUAAAAAGCCAUGUGAAGGCGUGGCGAUAUUAACACAAUCGUAAUUCGUACGAAUAUUUAUCUAAGUCUGUCUGUAUGUAUGUGUGAAUGAAUGUGUUUGUUCGUAUGUAUGUCUGUAAGUACACUUGUCUGUUUGUAUAUAAGUAUUGACAAAUGUAGUUGUUCAUGUAUGUAUGGCAAACACAACUAUACUGCUGAAAAAAAAAUUAUUUUGUCUAGUGCUCUACUCUGCGAUUCUCAUGAAUUCAAGUAGGUCCUGCUAGUCUUCAUGCUUUCAACAUAAGCAAAGUGGUGUAAGUUAACAAGUGUUGUCAGUGCAAAUUAUUUUUUCUAAGUUGUAAGUAAGUAGUUAUGUAUGUAUAUACGCAUGUACACAAGAAUAUAUAUGUGUAGACACAUGUAUGACUGGGCAUAACAAUGCCUGUUAGUAUGUACACAUAUAUGCGCCUGUUGGUGUCAGAGUUUAUAUGUAGGAAUAUGUAUGCACGUACGUAGUUGGCACGUGUGUAAAUUUGUUUUUCACCCACACACACACACCCUGAGGCUGCGCUGACUAUGCAACAAUAUCCUAACUAAGAUUCUAUGAGUUCUGACUUUAAUGUUAUUUUCAUCAUAUUACUCGGAAGUUACUUGUAAAACAUUUUUGGGUAUAGCAACUGUCAAUAGUUUUUGCCGAAAUCAAAUGAAAACUUUUCCACUUACCUUCAAACGAAGAUUAAUGUUUGGAUAUUCCUGUUAAAUCGAGUCAAAACAAUCCUCAGUCUUAUUUUAAGUAUAAGUCGCGGAUCCAUUAUGGACGGCAAGUCGUUGAUAGUGAACAAAACCUUGCCUUUCGAUGCCUCAUUGCUAACGGUUAACAUAUCGCUGCGUCAGGUGGAGGAGAUAGCAUCGAGCUUAUCCCAGCGUUGUGUCGUCUCUGGGGUAAAUGAAAUCGCCUGGGCCCUGAGAGCGCUCAUGCUGACAGACUUGACUACGCUGUCGGGAGAUGAUACCCGAGCGAACGUGCGUCGACUAUGUGUGCGCGCUUGCUAUCCCUUUGAGCCGCAGUUCUUCGACAAAUACUUUGAACGCACGCUCCUGCUGGACAUUCACUGUGCUGCUGUCUGUGUGUAUCCGGCGCGUGUUAAGGACGCCUAUACAACAAUUCAGCAGUUUAACCAAUUGGAUAGCGUGGCUAUUGCCGCUGUGGCAACUGGUUUUCCCACGGGCCAAUAUGGGCUGCAGACGCGCUUGCAGGAAAUAAGUCACGCCAUCCUUGCGGGCGCCACAGAGAUUGACAUUGUUAUCAACCGGCAGCUGGCGCUUUUAGGCGACUGGGAGGCGCUCUACAACGAGGUGGUGCUCAUGCGCAGCGCCUGCGGUGACCACGCAGUUCUCAAGACCAUUUUGGCUAUUGGUGAGCUGGGUACUAUGGAAAAUGUCUACAAGGCCUCCAUGGUAUGCAUGAUGGCGGGCGCAGACUUUCUAAAGACCUCCACUGGCAAGGAGGUUGUGAAUGCUACCCUGCCAGUCGGCUUGGUCAUGAUCUUUGCCAUACAAGAGUUUAAGCGACGCACUUGCCAAAAAGUUGGCCUGAAGGCAGCGGGUGGGGUGCGCACAGUGCGAGACGCGGUCUCUUGGAUGACGCUUGUUAACGAGACGCUGGGCAGUCGUUGGUUGACGCCGCAUCGCUUUCGUUUUGGCGCUUCCGGGCUGCUGGAUGACAUUGAGAAAGUUGUGCGCGAUGGUGUUGCCAAGUUGGAGCGCGAGGCUGCUGAGGCCAAUCAGAGCAAACCGCAGGAAUCAGAGGAAGGUAGUGUAGAUGCUGUUUGCAAGGAGCUGCGCAAAAAGCAGCAAUUGUAAAAUUAAAUGUGCGUUUUAAUCACACAAAACAAUGAAAUAUGUAUUUCAUUUUAUUAAAUUUACGCCAGGAAUAAAUGUGAUCAGGAA